UAAUUUGGGAAGCGUGACAUUAUUUAAACGGCCCAGAAAGCAUACAAUUAUACAAACAUGCCCGCACUGCACAAACUGGUGACACAUUCCCCUCAGCAGAUGGGGCUCGCGAUUUUUCUGAUCCUAGCAACUCUGAUUUCCACUUCCCUUGCAAAAUCCGACGCCUUCAACCCAAUCCACCUCCUCCGGCCGCGAUAUGUCGGCACCUACAUGCUGGGAAAGCGGUCCCGCCACGACUGCGAGGUGGUGGCGGACGCCGCCAUUGAGUACGCCAAGAGCCUCAAACUCGGCGGCGAUGGGAAGGAUGUUUGGGUGUUUGAUAUUGAUGAAACCACGCUUUCUAAUCUUCCUUACUACGCUCGCUCUGAUGUCCAAUUUGGGGCAUUACCAUACAAUGGGACAAAGUUCAACGAGUGGGUGACGGAAGGGAAAGCGCCGCCUGUGCCGGCGGUCCGGCGACUGUACAAAACGUUAUUGUCACUAGGCAUCAAAGCAGUGUUCUUGACCGGAGGAUCAGACGCAUUCAGACGCAUCAGGACAGCCAAUUUAUAUGCAGCUGGUUAUCACUCCUGGCUAAAGCUCAUCUUCAAGGGAGAAGCUGAGGAGGGAGCAGCGCUGGUGUACAAGUCGAAGAAAAGAAGGGAGGUGGUGGACGAAGGGUACAGAAUAGUGGGAAACAUAGGAGAUCAGUGGAGCGAUUUGCUGGGCGCCGAUGCCGGCAACCGAACCUUCAAAGUGCCUGAUCCUAUGUACUAUAUAGGAUGAUUAUCAACUCAUUCAUAUACUUAUGCUUCAUAAUUAGGUAAUUUUAAUUACUUCUUUAUUCCAAAUGUUUUUAUGACUUCUUUAUUCCAAAAUUAGA